AUGCUUCGCCUCUCCGACUUAGGUUCCAUGAAGCCCGGCGUCUUACCCGCCAACCAAAAAGACGACCGCGACCAAGACCUCCGCAACGUCGACGACGUCUUCAACAACGACUACAACAUACGAAGCAACGACAAGCGUCUUGUAGUUCCGCUAGCAUACAAUAGAGCUGAGAUCACCAAGAGAAACCAGACAGACUCACCUCUCCUCCUCCUCCCCGCCGAGCUCCGCAACGACAUCUACAACUACAUUUUCAACGGCGCCAUCAUCAAGGUCAACAAACCACUUGUCAAAAAGGACAUGCGCAGAUACCGCAGUGUCCGCGCUAUCCUCUACACAUGCCGCCAGAUCUACAUCGAAGCCAGCGCUUUGUCCUUCACUUUGUGCACCUUUGUACCUAGCUACUUCGCGCUAAGAUUCUUUUCCUCUUCCAAUCUACCGGCAGCAGGCUUCGGAAGGAUCGAGCGUCUGUGGUUGACGGAGGGGAAUGGGCGGGCUAUCAUCGAGGGACAGGAUGAAAUGAAAGGUGCAUAUCUCAAAGAAUGGUUUGCUUCAUUGAAGCUCUUGGAGAUAGAAGUCUGGCGUCUGAAAGUAAACUUGACGGACGCUCAGGCAAAAGAGAAGGUGAGGGAUGCGUUUGGGCUGCCGGAUCUGCAUGUUGUGGGAAGGCGCGUAGGUGAGGAUGGGGUGGUUGCUGGUUGA